UAUGCUGCACCUUCGACUCGCCACUGAAACUUUAAAGUUGCGGAGAAGCGUAGCUUGUUUGCAGACUAAAUAUCGCCCCUGUAACUGAUCGGGGUUCAAAUUUUUACUCUGAAAUUGUCUGGAAGUAGAAACCAAGAAAUGUCAGGAUCUAAAUCGUUAAGCGUGUUCACAGUAGCUUGGGAAGCCUUACUCAGUUUAAAACCUUUUAUCAGUUUAAAAAGACAAACGAGCUCAGACAGAUUAUUCUGUAAUCUGAUUCAGGUUUAUUUAUUUCGAUCACACCUGUGGCCUCUCCGUUCCCUUUCCCACUUACACGUUUUCCUAAUGGAACAAUCUCGAGGGCUCUCUUCCGGCCCAAUAAAACAGCACUUAACUCCAAGAAUGGGGGAAGCACGUCUGGUUUGAUAGCGGCUUACCAGCGGGGAAGGGGAGGCUCGAGGUCGGCUUCAUUAACAUACCCGGAUAAUAAACUUCGGUGCUGUCGUUUAAGUGACCAGAGUGCAGUUGUAGUUUGUGCACGUGAGGAUUUAACCUGCUGCUCUCCUCCUCUUCACCUUCUGGUGGUUGCAGUCGACAGUUUUGGGCUCUGAUUUAUUGCAAACAUUUAAGUAUUCUCAACUAUCGUGCUGUUACUGAAUAGUUCUAACGUCCCUGUCCCUCAGACGAUGGAUGAACAGUCACAAGGGAUGCAAGGGCCACCUGUUCCUCAGUUCCAGCCACAGAAGGCCUUACGACCGGACAUGGGCUAUAAUACAUUAGCCAACUUUCGGAUAGAAAAGAAAAUUGGUCGCGGGCAAUUUAGUGAAGUUUAUAGAGCAGCCUGUCUCUUGGAUGGAGUACCAGUAGCUUUAAAAAAAGUUCAGAUAUUUGAUUUAAUGGAUGCCAAAGCCCGUGCCGAUUGUAUCAAAGAAAUAGAUCUCCUUAAGCAACUCAACCAUCCAAAUGUCAUUAAAUAUUAUGCGUCGUUCAUUGAAGAUAAUGAGCUAAACAUCGUUUUGGAAUUAGCAGAUGCUGGCGAUCUCUCCAGAAUGAUAAAGCACUUUAAGAAGCAGAAGAGGCUGAUCCCCGAGAGGACCGUGUGGAAGUACUUCGUGCAGCUGUGCAGCGCCCUGGAGCACAUGCACUCACGCAGGGUCAUGCACAGAGACAUAAAACCGGCUAACGUGUUCAUUACAGCCACCGGGGUGGUCAAACUCGGCGAUCUUGGACUUGGCCGAUUUUUUAGCUCCAAAACCACAGCCGCACACUCUUUAGUGGGUACGCCUUAUUACAUGUCUCCAGAGAGAAUACAUGAAAAUGGGUACAACUUCAAAUCUGACAUCUGGUCUCUUGGCUGUCUGCUGUACGAGAUGGCUGCCCUGCAGAGUCCUUUCUACGGCGACAAAAUGAACCUGUACUCGCUGUGUAAGAAGAUAGAGCAGUGCGACUACCCGCCGCUCCCGUCGGACCACUACUCGGAGGAGCUGCGACAGCUGGUGAACAUGUGCAUCAGCCCAGAUCCAGAGAAGCGGCCGGACAUCACCUACGUGUAUGACGUGGCGAAGAGGAUGCACGCGAGCACCGCGAGCAGCUGAGCACGCUGAGCGCGAGGUCACGGUCGCGGAGCACGCGGCCGCAGUCACUCAGAGUAUUCUCGUGCGAGUCACGCCUCCCGUUUUGUCUGGGUGUUAGGAUUAAUAUUUCAGAGCUCGUGUGCUUCGACUCCUUAACCAGUUUUCAUAUAAGCUUCAUUUUGUACCAAUUUAAGUCACCUUUCCGCAAAACCCCGGAUGACUUUGUAAUAAUGCAAUUGCAUGCUAGGAGAGAAAAUGAACAUGAUGGUUUUCAAUGGCUGAAGAUCUCUAGAACGAUUUAGCGUCUCCUGGGCAUGAGGUGUGUUCGGAUGGACUCUCGGUGCCAAACGUGGAAGGCUCAGCUUGGCACUCCUCACAGCCUGAGCACGAUGUCUGAACCUGCGGCCGUGUGCGGCUUAGGCAUUUAUGGACAUUUGAGAUGAACACGAUUGUGAACUUUUGUGAUUAUUUUAUUUUUAAAAGUUUGAAGUAUGUUUUAGUUCUUAGCAUUGUAGCUUUCAAAUAUAAUUCUUAAGAUAAAUGUUGACAUAAACUAUUUGCGAAACAUUUGAAAUUCUUAUACAUUCAAAAUGCAACUAUUAAAUGUGAAAAGAUUUGGGGAUAAAAUGUGAGUCAGACACUGAAGAGUUUUUUGCUUUAUUUCGUUUUCAUACCUUUGAUAUUCGCUUUGCGUUAAAAUGGUAUAAAUGGA